CUUAGUUGCACUCAUAUAAAAGCACAUAUCUAAGAAUAUAUAUAUUCAGAUGUAUAGUAUAAUAAUAUUAAACGCCAGAUUUGUUUAGCUGUCGAGGAUUCAGGGAAAAUCAGUAGCUCUCUAGUCUCUCCUCUUUGAAGUUGAACUGUUGAAACCAACAAGAUCAAAACCAAUCUGAAUCAGACAAGCGUAAAACUCCUGCGGAGAUUGAGAUUCAUUGGUUAAUUGGAGAGAUCUGAGAAAUGGCACCUGUUUCAGCUCUGGCGAAAUAUAAGCUCGUAUUCUUGGGGGACCAAUCAGUGGGCAAAACAAGCAUCAUCACUCGCUUCAUGUAUGAUAAAUUCGAUAACACCUACCAGGCUACAAUUGGCAUUGAUUUUCUAUCAAAAACCAUGUACCUUGAAGAUCGAACUGUUCGUUUGCAGUUGUGGGAUACAGCUGGACAAGAGAGAUUUAGAAGUCUCAUACCUAGCUACAUUAGGGAUUCCUCAGUUGCUGUCAUUGUGUAUGACGUUGCAAGUCGUCAAACUUUUGUGAACACAUCAAAAUGGAUUGAAGAGGUUCGCACUGAAAGGGGCAGCGAUGUGAUCAUUGUUCUUGUUGGGAACAAAACUGACCUUGCAGACAAAAGGCAAGUCUCUAUAGAAGAAGGAGAAGCUAAAGCUCGUGAUCUUAAUGUCAUGUUUAUAGAAACUAGUGCGAAAGCUGGUUUUAAUAUUAAGCCAUUGUUCCGGAAAAUUGCUGCUGCCUUGCCAGGCAUGGAAACACUUUCUUCGACUAAGCAAGAAGACAUGGUUGAUGUGAAUCUGAAAUCCAGCAGUGGAGCCUCAUCACAAUCUCAGGCUGAGUCAGGUGGAUGUGCCUGUUGAUGCCCGGAAACUUCAGCACACCAAUUCUCUGAUUUUGUAGCUAUCAGAAUCAGACGGGAUAUGUAAAUGUUUAGUUUGGUUCCCUUUUUUCUUGCUUCUCUUUCUGUUUGCUUGAGAUUUUGGGUUAGAAAAUGGCUGAAGAACUAGGAGUAGAAAUUCAUUGUUGGUGUUUCAUAGGCUGGUGGAGACUCUGGAAUGUGCAGUUGAUCUCACCACCACUGACCUUGUUUUACUAUUAUAGAGUAAUAAUUGCUGGUUUAUAGGAUUUAUUUCAAAUAAAAUGAUUUAGUGGCUUAUGCCUCUUGCA